CUUGCAUCCUCUAAUAAAAAUCCUUUUAUUCUAUUGAAAAUUCGAACUGAAUCAUUGUCGACAAAAUGUUUCAUCCUCAUAUCGUCACAUUUAUGAUACUUAUGAUGGUUUUAGUAAAGGGUGAAAAAGAGAUGAUAUUUGAGAUGGAAAUGGAUUGGCUUAAUUCAAAGCCAGUUUCAUCUGGAAAAUCUAAUGAUAGUUCGUUGUUAUGUUAUUUGAAGUGUAAAUGCGACAAGAAAGAACACAUUGAGAAUGGCAGUAUCUACUUGAACGUUAUUAAUAUUUUUUCCAACGAAAAACACUUCAUUCUUUCUGGACCCAUAAGAAAUAUGAUGUUGGAAUGUAUGACAUCUAAUCUAUCAACAGAAACCUGUGAUCCCUGUGGGGAGAAUUAUAGCAGAUGUAAGCCUGUUGUAUCGAAGUGGUCCAAUAUAUCAAAUGAAGAUUCAACUUGCUGUGUUCAAGAGAGUUCCCUGGAAAUAUCGAAACUAGACUGGAAUAAUUUCAUCGGUUUCCCAGAAGAAGUCGUCUGCCUCAUGAAAUGUAUAAAAGCGCGCAAAAGCAUAUUCAAUGAGAGAGGAGUGGCUGAAGCAGGGAACGUCUUUACAAACACAGAAUUUGUUGACAUUAAGCACGAAAAAAAACAGACUUUCAGGCGUUGUGUAGUUAGUGGAACUGGCGUUCAUACUUGCGAAGAGAUCAUCCAUCUUUAUAUUUGCUUCUUCCGAUAUAUGAAGAAAGCCGAACCGAGAGAAUGGCUUUACUAUUGAAUUCUGAAUUACAGGAGAAUGUUUUAAAUUGAAAUUGAUAUUCAUCGUUUUGUUAUUUCAUGAAACAUUCUCAGUAAAAGUGUUCCCAAAC